AUGGGGGGUCACCCCGCCACCACCACCCAGGCUCAACAGUCCACCAAGCAGCGCCUCGCGCUCGCCAUCUGCGACUUCCUCAACACCUCCGCCACCGACGGCACCCUGACAGGAGAGGACAAGGACUCGAUCGACAUCGCCGUCAACUGCAUCGCCGAGUCCUUCAAGGUCGACCCCACCGACUCCGCCACCCUCGGCGGCCAGAACCUCGAGCAGAUCUACUCCGUCUACGAGACCCUCAAGAACAAGACCACCGCCGGUGCCUCCUCCUCGUCCGCCUCGGAGCCCUCCGACGAGAAGAAGAAGGAGGCCGACGCCCUCAAGAGCAGGGGCAACGCCUCCAUGGCCCAGAAGGACUACAAGUCCGCCAUCGACCUCUACACCCAGGCCCUCUCCAUCCACCCCCGCAACGCCGUCUUCCUCUCCAACCGCGCCGCCGCCCACUCCGCCAACAAGGACCACGCCUCCGCCCGCUCCGACGCUGACGCCGCCGUCGCCAUCGACCCCUCCUACACAAAGGCCUGGUCCCGCCUCGGCCUCGCCCGCUUCGCCCUCGGCGACGCAAAGGGCGCCAUGGAGGCCUACUCCAGGGGCAUCGAGCACGAGGGCAACGGCGGCAGCGACGCCAUGAAGAAGGGCUUCGAGACCGCCAAGCGCCGCGUCGACGAGAUCGAGAGGGAGGAGGCCGCCGACCUCUCCCGCGGCGCUGGCCCCGGCUCCCCAGGACAAGGGCCCGGCGGCCUCGACUUCGGCAACCUCGCCUCCAUGCUCGGCGGCGGCGGCGCCCCGGGCGGUGCUGGAGGUGCUGGCGGCAUGCCCGACCUCGGCUCCAUCAUGAGCAACCCCAUGUUCGCCAACAUGGCCCAGAACCUCAUGAGCAACCCCGACCUGAUGAGCAACCUGAUGAGCAACCCUCGGCUGCGAGACAUGGCCAACCAGUUCAGCAGCGGCGGUGGCAUGCCGGACCUCAACAGCCUGAUGUCUGACCCCGCAAUUGCGGAUAUGGCUCGUAAUAUGAUGGGUGGCGGUGGCCCUGGAGCCCCAGGUGGCGGCUCCAACAACCCUCAGGGACACAAUGAGCAAUAG